GGGGGUGGCGGGCCGGGCCAGGCCGGGCGGUCCCCGGGGCCGGGCCGCGGCGGGGGCGGGCAGUGCCGGGCAGUGCCGCCGCGCAGCCCGGACGGCGGGGCAGGUUUUCCCUUCCACACCACACAAACUCCCCCGUGAAUUCUCUCCUUCCGGUGGUGACUCACAGAUCUACUCCUCUUUUGUGUCCUUCCCGUCUUGGGGUAUGAGUCACUCCAUCUGACAGUAGGCUUCUACCAGAGGCACCAAAUCCAGCCUGUUACUUUCUCCUCCAGAGACAGAGGAGGGAGGGAGUCACCUGUGGAGAUGGAUAAGACCAACUGAGAUGAGAAUUACUGUACACAGAUCAGUCGCUCCUACAGUGUAGUAAAUUGUAACUUCUUACCUGAAGAAAUCAGCACCAAUUAGGAAAUGGCCAAAGUUGAAAGGUUUGCUUUUCACGUUCCAAGUCUGGAGGAGCUUGCUGGGGUUUUGCAGAAAGGGCUUAAAGAAAAUUUUGCUGAUGCUCAAGUCUCUGUUGUAGACUGUCCUGAUCUGACUCAGGAACCCUUCAACUUUCCUGCUAAAGGAAUCUGCGGAAAGCCUAGAAUAGCAGAUGUGGGAGGUGUUCCUUAUCUCAUACCUGUUGUACAGAAAGAAAAAGUUUAUGAUCUAAAUGCAGUUGCAAAAGACAUAGAGCUGCCUGGAGCUUUCAUUCUUGGAGCUGGAGCUGCUUCAUCUAAGAUUCUUGGAGUAAAUGCUGAGCUUAUCCCUAUUGUUCAAACUAAGAGUGAAAAAAAGCCUGCUGUAAAUGGGAGCUACAUUGCUCAGAUAAAUCCUGCAGAUAAAGGGUGCCUGCUUGAGAAGUAUAGCAGUAAAUACACUGACUGUGAGUUUGGGCUGUUGGCCAACCUUUAUGCCAGUGAGGGCCAACCUGGUAAGGUCAUUGAAGUGAAAGCCAAUGGAAGAACUGGGGAACUUAACUUUGUGUCUUGUCUGAGACAAAUUUUAGAGAAACACUAUGGAGAAAAGCCUGUUGGGAUGGGUGGUACAUUUAUCAUUCAGAAGGGGAAGGCAAAGAUUCACAUUAUGCCUCCAGAAUUUUCUGCUUGUCCUCUGAAUACUGAUGAGGAUGUGAAUAACUGGCUCAAAUUCUUUGAAAUGAAGGCUCCCCUGAUUUGUCAGCCGGUAAUAGUUUCCAGAGAUCCAGGCUUUGACCUGCGCCUGGAGCACACCCACUGUUUCAGCCACCACGGGGAUGGAGGGCACUACCACCAGGACACCAGCCCCGACAGCGUGCACUACCUGGGGUACCUCCUGCCCGCCGAGCUGCUCUUCCGCAUCGACAGGCCCCAGGAGACGCACCUCGUCGGGAGAGACUGAAGCGGGGAGGUGCUGGCGACGGCAUCGCGAUUUGACCUUUCUGAAAUACAAAUGCCGGUUUUUGUAACGCUUUUAAUCAUGCACAUCUAUCAGAGUCGAGAAUAAAUGUGAGAGCAGUAAA